UUGUAUCCCCUUCGCGGUAAACAUAUAGUAUUUUUUUGGCUGCGAAAAAAUGAGAAAACUCUGAAAACAAAGAGAUGGUAAAGAUUGUUGAUGGUAAGUCACUGAUGAGUAACAACAAAAUCCGCAACACUACUCUAGAGAUUUGAAGGAACCUAGGGUUACUGAAAUGAACAACAAGAAGAAGAAAGCUAAUAGGAGACUCAAAUGUGUAGGAGAAGAUCGCAUUAGUGAGUUGCCUGAUGCCAUUAUCAUCCAUAUCCUCUCUCUAUUGGCAUCGACCAAAUUAUGUGUAAAGACUUGUGUUUUGUCCAAAAGAUGGCACCAUCUUUGGACCUUUGUGCCUAACAUCAUUUUCGAUGAACAUGACUUCCCAUAUAUUUUGUUUGAUGAACGUCGGCAUCACAUCAUGGAAAGAGUGGUCAACAAAACACUAGCCCUCCGCUCUUCUUCAAAGCUCAAUAAUUUCUCCAUCCAAAUUUCAGAUAUACAAGACAUGUAUCCGUCAUUUGAGUCGUGGCUUCAAUUAGCUGUGGAAAGGGCGGUUGAGUCCCUUACAUUAGAUUUCAUCCACAAUGGCCAUAGCUCCACUGGUUAUUUGUUGCCUCAAUUCCUAUACUCUAAUUCACAUAUCCGAAUUUUAACUACUGAGGUUUGUGAAUUUGUGCCUGAUGGGAGAAUUUCAUGGUCAGCCCUUAAAGAGUUGAGCAUACGGCAAGCAACUUUGACUGAUGAAGUCAUUCAAAAUAUUUUGUACGGGACUCCACUUCUUGAGGACUUAGAGUUGAACUUCUGCCAUGGAAUCAAAUUGCUCGACUUAUCUUUAAAACCUAAGUUGAAAAACUUGGUCGUUAACGUUCAAGUACUUCAUGUUAACGAUAGUAGAUAUUAUCAUUUUGAGCUUAAAAUUGUGGGUCCUUAUGUCGAGACAUUAAAACUUUCCUGGAGUCGGGAUAAUUUCAAGUGUAAGUUGAUGAAUAUGUCUUCUUUAGUUAAAGCUACCCUGGAUAUUGAUUUUUUAGAUGAUGACGAUUACAUUGAAGAGUGGUAUCCCAAUAUGGUUAAGGAGCUCGUUGAGAAUGUUCUUCCUGCUGAGCAACUACAACUAACGAAUUACUGUACCCAGGCUCUCUCAACAUUGAGGAUGGAUGUUAUGGCGUCUCUGUCAUCAAAUUUGAGAUCUUUAGAUGUCGACUGUCGCGGUGAAGAGUACCUCUAUGGGAUUGAAUGCGUUCUUCAGUGCGCACAUAAGCUGGAGAAGUUAGUUAUAUUUUUUGACUAUGGUCGGUCUUCUAAGUCAAAAUAUGAUGGAUAUACGAAGGAUUAUUGGACAAAUGCAGAGAUACCGAGUUGUUUGGAUUCCCAUCUCAAGACCAUCGAGAUAUCUGGCCUGAUAAGAACCCGAGUUGUAGUCGAAUUUCUCCAGUUCUUGCUCAAGAAUUCAAGGGUACUGGACAAGAUGGUUUUACGUCAUUUUAACCAUAAAUACGGUUUGAUAUUGGCCGAGAGGCUGUCAAGCUAUCCAAGGUCUUCGCAGAAAGCAGUGUUUCUAGCUCCUAAGAGCAUCUCCAAGGCUACUCUUAAUUUUAAAGAGCUUUUUCUUUAAAAUAAAGAGCAUAUUUAAUAUAUAGAGUUUAAAUUUUAAUUUUGGUUUAAUGGACUCUUUGAAUUUUAAUUCUUUA